AUGAUAUACGCUUCCUGCGGGAUCCUUGGUUAUCUCCGCAGAGCAGGUUUGCUAAAUUACAUGCUUGUUCCAUCAAAUCCCUUCUCUGACUGGUUUGAAACCCAGCGGUGGUGUGGAGGCUCCGUAGGGAAGAUCCGAGGGCAAGAGGAAAGCUCGCUCGCACCGCAAGGGUGGAGAGCUGCCUUCGGAGGUGCUAGUGCUUUCCAGCUUUCCACCCCGCUGCAUCCUAAAGGCAAUUCCCUGCAGAAAGAUUUCUGGAAGGCACUGACCGUAAGGUUCAUCACCAGGAGGUUCAUUGGAGACUACGACCCAACCCUAGAGAUGAUUUACAGACACAUGGCCGUCAUCGACGGGGAGGUGGUGCACUUCGAGAUCCUCGACACGGCAGGGCAGGAGGAGGAUUCCCUGCAGAUAGAGGAGAAGAUCAAAUGGGGCGAUGGCUUCGCCGUGGUCUACUCGGUGACGGACAGAUGCAGCUUUGACGAAGUCAUGCGGCUGUGUUUCCUCAUCAACCACAUCCACUCCAGCCCCAAGCGGAGCAGUGGGAGCGAGCAGCCCCCCGUGGUCAUCGUGGGCAACAAGAAGGACUUGCAGUUCGACAGGAUGGUAUCCACAGAGGACGGCGAAAACCUCUCCAAAGCCUUGAAGCUUCCUUUCUACGAGAUCUCCACCCGGGACAGCUACGAAGAGACGGUGGCGGUGUUCAACGCUCUCUACCAGGAGCUCAUGAGGCAGGGGCAUUUCUCCCCGGGCUCCUUCAAGAGGAGGACAGUGUCGAAGCUGAUGGAGAAGAUCCCCAAGAUGCAAGCCAGCUCCACCUUGAACUCAGCUGGCCGGAGCCUCAGCUUUAACUCCUUCAGGGACUACAUCCCCGAAUGA